CUCGGCAACUCUCUUCCUCUGGACAGGUUUUGAGAACUCUCCUUCAUUAAUAUCCCAAACCAUUUUUUAUAAUGGAUUGGUGCAGAAAGAUUUGCUUUACAGAAUAGAGGAAUAUGCAGUAAUAUAGGUGAAGGUUUACUGAGAGACCAAGCUCAUUGCAUGCAACAACUAUCAGGUCCAUAACAUCAUCCCUCCUCCAACAAACUUUACGGAUGUUGCAGUCAGGCACUAACAUUCUCCAGUGCCAAGAUGUGGUGGUUGGCUGCUGUGACCAUAUUGAUCUGUGGAAUUUCAACACAGUCAUUGGAUGUGCCAAAAAAAGACGUGAGACGAGAUGUUGGGGACUUCUUAUAUUCUGCUGAUCCCGAAGCUACCAUGAAUAUUAGUGAAUUGGUUAGAUACAAGGGCUAUCCCAGUGAGGAAUAUGAGGUGAUCACUGAAGAUGGCUAUAUCCUGAGUAUCAACAGAAUACCCCAUGGUGUCAAGUAUCCAUUUACAGGGCCCAAGCCUGUGGUGUUCUUGCAGCAUGGCCUACUUGCAGAUGGAAGUAACUGGGUCACCGAUCUAGCAAACAACAGUUUGGGAUUUAUCCUGGCCGAUGCAGGAUAUGAUGUGUGGAUGGGAAAUAGCCGGGGAAAUACCUGGUCACGGAAACACAAGACCCUUUCUGCAGAUAUGGAAGAAUUUUGGACAUUCAGUUAUGACGAGAUGGCGAAGCUUGAUCUUCCUGCAGUCAUAAACUUUAUAUUGCAAAAAACUGGACAGGAGCAAAUAUAUUACAUUGGACACUCUCAGGGAACCACCAUAGGAUUUAUUGCAUUUUCCAGUUUGCCCCAGCUGGCAAAAAGAGUGAAAAUGUUUUUUGGUCUGGCUCCUGUGGCUACAAUCAAAUUCUCCAGCAGUCCCCUGGCAAAGUUGGGUAUUUUCCCAGAGUUCAUAAUUAAGGAUCUGUUUGGCAAAAAGGAAUUUUUACCCCAGUCAGAAUUUAUUAAAUACCUUGCCACUCACUUUUGUACCCGUGAAGUGAUUGAAGAAAUAUGUGGCAAUGUUUUCUUUGUUCUAUGUGGAUUUAAUGAAAAAAACCUCAACAUGAGCCGAGUAAAUGUAUAUAGCGCCCAUUGUCCCUCAGGAACAUCUGUGCAGAAUAUGAUCCACUGGGCCCAGGCAGUAAAGACUGGUGAACUAAUGGCAUUCGACUAUGGUCUGAAGGGCAAUAUUCUGCAUUACAACCAGACUACCCCUCCCCAGUACAAUGUGAAGGACAUGAAGAUUCCCACUGCUCUAUGGAGUGGAGGCAACGACUGGUUGGCUGAUCCCAAAGAUAUGGCUUUAUUACUUACUCAAGUCGGUAACUUGGUUUACCACAAGAACAUUCCAGACUGGGAACAUCUUGAUUUUAUCUGGGGCCUUGAUGCCCCAGAGCGUCUAUACUCUGAACUCAUUCAGCUGCUGAAGAAGUUUUCAUAAACUAUUGUCACAUACAGAUAUAAUGCAUGUGAAGGCCUAAGGAGGACAUGGGAACGAAAAAGGUUGGCUCAUUGACCCGUAGGCCAAAACUUCAUGUGAACUGUAGCUAUAAAAUACAUUACUAUGCAAUACUCUGGUGCUUCAUUCACAUGCAGGAACUUACACUUUUUAUGUAUACACCGUGGCAAAAGUUUUUAAUUUCUUAGAAACUUUUGAAACAUUUCUGGGAAUGUAAUCUUAGUGUAUAUUCACACAUACAGUGUCCUGCUCAUAUUUGAUGCUGCAGAUUUUGAUGUAAACUAAACCACAGAACACAGCUUUAAAUCUGCAGGAUACCGUACUUGUGAAUACUGUUCUGGCUCCAUUGAGGGACAAAGAGACUGUGAGUAUAUCUUCCUGCUACUAGGAGGACAAAGAGAAAGUGAGUAUAUCUUCCUGCCACUAGGAGGCUGAUACUAGGCAUACAAAAAAAAAGUCUGCCUCUCCUGGCUGGAUAUACCCCGCCUACUGACCCUGAGCUAAUCAGUUUUAGCUUAGUGUCAGUAGGAGGCAGGCACAGGUCUGGAGUUCUCUAAACCAGGUCUUUUUUGUUUUAUAGCUAGGGCCUGUUUGUAGGUUCUUUUUCUCCUUUUUAUUUUCUCUUUUUUUAGGUGGGGGUUCAGGAGCAUGUCGCUACCUGUUCCCCUAAGGGGCACGGGGCAUAGCGUAUGCACCGUUAACCCCUUCCCGCCAACUGGCCGUUGUACCAUUUUUGUCCGGGUCCCCCUACCAUCCCUGCUGGUCCCGCUGUCUCAGCCUGACAUGAUGCAGGUGACCAUAGCUGGCUGAAGACAUUUUAAGUGAGUAUGGUGGAUUUGGGUGAGUAUGUACUUCUCCUCCUUCCCUCCACAGCACCUCUCAAUCUGCCUCUUGGGGUCCCCUAUUAUCUGGGGCCCCAGGGUGAUGGCUACCUUUUUAUUACAUCUGUGGUUAGGGUUCUUUUUCUUCAGCCCCACUAUGCACAUGUUGGGGGUAGCGAGGCAAUCCUCCCACCACCACCGGCAACACUAACUAGCAUUGUUCAGCGUUCCAGCGCCUGGCCGCAGCCCCUGCCAGCUCUCGCUUUCGCCCGUAUUCUUAGGCAUGAUUCGCGCUGCGGGGGACAUAUUAAUUGAGGCUGUGGCUGCGGCCUGUGCCUGGACUUAGCCCCGCCCACUUCCCGUGUUAAGGGCAUGCUGGGGGGCGCCCGCCCUCCUCUCUUCUGCGACCAAUUUCGGGGGGGGGGGGUCAAUUUCUGUGUGCCUCCCUCUCUAGCUCCAAUAGGAUGCCGUUCUGGUAUUGUGACCGCCCUGUUUCUGGGUCAGUGCAGCUGGCCCCUCCCCCUUCUCUCUGCCUGCUUGCCUGCAGAUUUAGUGGUUACCUGCCUCUUCAGCCAGCCAGGACACAGCACAGCCACAGGUCGCAGCCCAGCUACAGCCUGCUUUCAGCUCCAGCAAGGGACACAGGACCUGGGUGAGACUUUUCCAUUUUAUUGCUGACUACUUCUCACUAGCAACUGUGUUCGACUCCAGACCCGAUCCCUCCCCCCCCAGACAGGCGACCGCAGCCCUGGUCACCUACUAUUCUUGUGUGGGCUGCAAGACCAAAAUGCCCGGCAGUUCCACUGAAUCCACCUGUCCUGCUUGCUCCACCAUGCACUCCAUUCCACCUGUGCCUUCUCAGGAUGUCCCUCCGGAACGCGCAGUGUCCGCCCCUCCCCAGAGUGGGUUUUCCCCCUUUCCCAGUCGAUCUCCGACCUGGCUAAGGUCUUCAGAUCAGUGGCUUCGGCCUUGGAGCAGUCUUCCCUGUGCAAGAACCUCAGGGAGUCCCGCUUAAUCUCUCCUGACCCCCACUCCCAGCGCUCUCACAAGCGCCCUAAAGUAGUUUUGCCAGUCUCGUCUCCAGAAUUGCGUGUUCGUGUUAGACAUUCUUGCCUUUCUGGCCUUUGCAUCGGAUCGCCCACCCAAGCAGGCGCACUCCCAAUCUCGGAAAGCCCCUUGUUUCAAGGCACGUCCUUCCUGGAAGUCUGACAACCGUUCAGGCAAGUUCGUGGCAAAGUCUGGUAACUGUAAGCCUCUCUCCUCCUGAAGGGACGCCCCCAUCCGUGUCCUCUUCUCGGGUGGGAGGGCUUUUGUCUCUUUUCCGGGACGUUUGGCUAGCGCAGGUUAUGGACUCCUGGGUCAGGGAUGUCAUAUCCAUUGGUUACCGGAUAGAGUUCGCUUUCCUUCACCGGGAUCGUUUUCUCCAAUUCUGCCCUCCUCAUUCCCCUUUUUUGGCGGCGGCCUUUCAGGUUGCUUUUUUAGUACCUUCCUCGCUCAGGGAGUGAUUGUGCCAGUUCCUCCAGGGGAGCAUUUUUCAGGGUUCUACUCGAAUCUUUGUUGUCCCCAAGAAAGAGCGCUCUCUCUGCUCCAUUCUGGACCUCAAGCUACUCAACCGCCAUUUGCGGCUACGUAAUUUUCGCAUGUAGUCCCUCCGCUCUGUGUUGGCGUCCAUGGAUCAGGGGGAGUUUCUUUCUUCAGUGGAUAUCUGGGAUGCCUAUCUACACAUCCCCAUUUCCCCAGCCCAUCAGCGUUUCCUCCACUUUGCUGUCCCUGUGGGUCACUUUCAGUUUGUGGCUUUUUGGCCUAGCCACAGCUCCCAGGGUUUUCACAAAAGUCAUGGCGGCGGUGAUCGCCAUCCUUCGGGCCCUGGGGAUCGUGGUCCUCCCUUACCUGGACGAUCCUUUGAUCAAAGCUCAGUACUGGUCCCAAAACUUGGAGAGCCUUCAUCUCACCGUACAGACUCUGUCCGCCUUUGGUUGGGUGAUCAACCAGGAAAAGUCCAACCUGUCUCCCUCCCAGUCUCUUGUCUUUCUGGGUCUCCUUUUUGACACGGCAGCCGCUCGUGUUCAUCUUCCGUUGGAUAAGUGGCACUCCCUGCAGGAGAGUGUCUGUCGCCUACGGCGCCCCUCUCUCUUUCCGAUUCGCUUCUGCAUGGAGGUUCUGGGCCUGAUGGUGGUGGCCAUGAAGGUGGUCCCUUUCGCCCAGUUCCGCUAUUGCCCUCUCCAGCUGGCCAUCUUGACCCGGUGGGACAAAGCGCCGUUUACUCUGGAUCGCCGGAUUUUUCUGCCCCCUCCGUUCGCCGGUCUCUUCUGUGGUGUCUCCGCUCUCCCCUCCUCAUGGGGUGGUUGUUUCUUCCCCUCCACUGGCAGGUCAUCAUGACUGAUGCGAGUCUCCAGGGUUGGAGAGGUGUUUCAGGACCUGAUGGUCCAAGGUCAUUGGUCCUCUCAGGAGGCUCACCUUCCCAUCAAUCUUCUGGAGCUCCGUGCCAUCUUUCUUUGCCUCCUCCACUGGGAGAUCUUCCUACAGGGUCGUCUGGUUCGUGUUCAAUCGGACAACGCCACGGCUGUGCCAUAUAUCAAUCGCCAGGGCGGCACGCACAGUCGCUCGGCGAUGGAGGAGGUCUCCAAGAUUCUGCUCUUGGCCGAGACUUGAGUUCCCACCCUCUCUGCAAUCCACAUUCUUGUUGUGGAGAACUGGGACUUUCUCAGCUGCUCCUCCGUGGAUCCGGGGGAGUGGUCUCUCCAUCUGGAGGCGUUUGUGCAGAUCUAUGAUCUUUGGGAGACCCCUGACUUGGAUCUCUUCGCGUCCCGCCACAACAGAAAAGUUCCUCGCUUUGUUGCGAAUUCGCGAGACCCUCUGGCUCUAGAGGUGGACUCACUUGUUAUACCGUAGUCGUCCUUCCAUCUUCCUUACCUCUUUCCGCCUCUCCCUCUCCUGCCCAAGUUUCUGAGAAAACUGAAGGCGGAGGGCGUUCCCGGUGGCUCCGGACUACCCAGGCGCACGUGUGGUACGCUGACUUAAUUUGGCUGGACACCGACAUACCACUGGGCUUAUUUCUGGUGGUGUGAGGCUCAGUCCGUCUCCCUGGACGUUUUUUCCUUUUUCCGCGCCUUUCUUGCUUUUUUUUUUUUUUUUUUUUUUUUUUUUAAAGUCCGGUAUGGAUCAGCGCUUUGCACACAGCUCUCUUAAGGGUCAAGUGUCAGCUCUUUCUAUUCUGUUUCAGCGGCCGUUGGCUUCCAAUUCUCAUGUCCGCACCUUCCUGCAGGAUGUGGCACAUGCGGAGCCGACAUUCAGGUCUCCCACUCCUCCUUGGGAUCUCAACCUCGUGCUUUGCGCUUUGAGGGAGGCUCCGUUCGAACCUCUCUGGGACGCAUCUCUUCGCAUCCUUUCGUGGAAGGUCGCCAUCCUCAUCGUGAUUACCUCCAUUAGGAGCGUCUCCGAUCUGGCGACUCUCUUGUCGCUCUUCCUUCUUGGUCCUUCAGGACAAGGUGUUAUUUUGGCUGCCUCCCUCCUUCUUGCCCAAGGUGGUUACCCCUUUCACAUGAACGAGGAGAUCGUUCUUCCUUCAUUUUGUCCGGCUCCAUCAAAUGCUAAGGAGCAUUCCCUACAUAGUCUGGACAUUGUUCGAGCUGUCCGAAUCUAUCUUUGUCGCCUCCUCCUUUCCGGAGGGUGGUCGCAAGGGUCUUCCGGCUUUCAAGGCGACCAUUUCACGGUGGAUCUGUUCUGCCCUCUCGGAAUUGUACCGUCGUAAAGGGAAGGUCCCACCUUGUUGUUUUUCGGUUCCUUUUUUUUGUCUGGUUUCCUUCGACACCUGCUGGUUUCUUUGUCUGUUGGUCCUUUCCUACUGCUUUGGGACUAAACUUAUUAGCUCAGGGUCAGUAGACAGGGUAUAUCCUGCCAGGAGGGGCCGACUUUCUUUUUGUAUGCCUAAUGUCAGCCUCUUAGUGGCUGCAAGAUAUACCCACGGUCUCUUUGUCCCCUGCCCCCAAAUGGAUCCUCCGAGAAAGGAUAGAGGAUAAGAUGUCUGAUGACGGGUUCCACUGCUUCGGACCCCCACGAUCUCUGGGCCGGCAGUGGUGGCCUCCUUAACACGUAGCCGUCACGCCUCCUCCCAUAGACGUGAAUGGAGGGGGCGUGGUGGCUGUAGUCGCCAGUCAUCUGGCACGGAGAGGAGUUCGCUCUGUGCACGGAUGACUGGGUGCUGCGGCGUCACCCCCGCGAUCAGACAGCUUAACCCCUUAUCUUUCGGAUAGGGUAUAAGAUGUUUUUUUGCUGCAGUACCCCUUUAAUAUAUGUGCAUUGAUGUAAAUAUCUAAUGGGCUUCUUAAAGUGCAUGUCUGCUUUAUAAAACCCCUUAUAUACAGACAGACCACUUAGAGUGCCUGUUGCUCUAGACUCCUUGACUGGUUAAAUCUAAAGUGGGACUCCUGUCUGGAAGGCCACAGGCAUUGAAAGAUUAGAUUGCCAUUGACUUAAAUAGACAUUGUCUGCAAGAAGUACCAUGCGGGCUCAGGCUUAACCACUCCUCAAUGUUUGAUGUACAUGUAUGUUAAAAUGUUAUGGAGGGGGAUGUAUGGAGCAGGCUUAGAAGCUGUGCCUGCUUUAUACAUGUUUAUUACAGCUGACCCCUACUGGUAGCAGCCGAGAUUGGAAAUAACUCUAAUCUCCUAUUAAUUACUGUAAUGCUGCAGUCAGUGUCUGAAGGGGCCACAGGCAUGUAUUGAAAGAAAAGAUGCCCAUUGAUGUUAAUAGAUAUUGUACUACUAUUACUGCAACAACAUGGUGGUUCCCGUGCUGAUUGAUGCGACUCCCAGCAGUUUAUCUCAGGGGACCAGCAGUAUGAGCUGGUUUUUGUCCAUACCAGACAAUGCUAAGUGUAACCAUUGUUUCAAAAAACAUUUGCUUUUACUAAAACAAUCUGUGUUGGUUAAUACAUUUGUUAGAAUUCUUUUGUAUCACAAUGUUUUGAGUUGUAUAUGAGUAAUAGUUUGUAUUUGUGUGUAUAUGGUUAUGUUCAUUUGAAGAGGUUUUUCACCUAAAAGUAUUUCUAUAAUUAUCUGAAUUAUUAUAUCCUUUAAGAAAUUUAGAAUGGUGUUUAGAAUUACCAAGUCUGCCUCAAAUUAUCUAAUAUACCGUAUAUACUUGAGUAUAAGCCGAGGCCCCUAAUUUCACCCCAAAAACCCAGGAAAAGUUAUUGACUCGACUAUAAGCCUAGGGUGGGAAAUACUUCAGACCUCCGUCAUUAACACCCCCAUCAUCAUCACCCUGUCAUCAUCCCCCCCUCGUCAUCAUCCCCCUCAUCAUCAUCACUGCCUGUCAAUCCCUUCAUCAGUGGUCUUCAACCUGUGGACCUCCAGAUGUUGCAAAACUACAACUCCCAGGGAGGGAGGCCCUCUUUGCUGCUUUGGGCCGGCCCCGGACUAGUGACGUUGCCUUGACGAUGACCAAUAGGGACGUUCAUGCGCAGGGACUUGACGGACGUCUGCUGCACACGGACGUCCCUGUGCGUCAUCGUCAAGGCAACGUCACUAGUUCGGGGCCGGGCCCGGAGCAGAAAAGAGGGCCUCCCGGUGAAAAUGGACAGCCCGGAACGACUAACCCUCCCCACCGGACGGUCCCUGCAGCAUAGAUGGCCUGGACCAGCUCACCCUUCCUUCUCACAGAGGGGAGGUGAGUAGAAAACCAAAGGGGGGUCUGGAUGAUGACGAAGGCCGCAGUAGUCUUCAACCUGCGGAUCUCCAGAUGUUUCAAAACUACAACUCCCAGCAAACCCGGACAGCCGAUGGCGGUCCGCAGGUUGAAGACCACUGAGAAGGAAUUGACAGGCGGAGAGUUCACUCGAGUAUAAGCCGAGGGGGGCGUUUUCAGCACGAAAAAUCGUGCUAAAAAAAUUGGCUUAUACUCGAGUAUAUAUGGUAUGUAUUAUGAACAGACUGGGCGCAUGUGAAUGGAUGUGUCGCUAAAGUGGUCCUUUUGGAAUGAUCUUUACAUAAGGUCAAUGCCAAAUUACCUCGUAUGGGAACCAGUUAGAUCAAUGGUGUUUCUGGAGCUUAUAAAAAGUAUUUGGUAUUUAUGAAAAUGCAGUAAUUCUAGGUGAAAAACCUCUUUUUUUAUAAUUUUGUAAAUGUGAUUUGUUAUUUACCUUGUAUGCACCUGAAAUAUAUUACACACAUUAUUACUUUAUGUUAAAGAGGAGAGGAGCCAUAUGUACAUUUCAUUAUUCUCAUCUGAAGAAGUUAUCCCCUAUUCACAGGAUAGGUGAGGUGACCACUGGGACCCCCACAGAUUCCCCACAUUAAACAAUGCACAUCAUGCAAGUGUGGCCAGUGCUUAAUUUGUUCUCUAUGGGGCCUGCAAAUAUUGUCAAGUUCAGCAGUGGGGGUCCCAGCAGCUUGGCCAAUGAGCUAUCCUGUUGCUAGAGGAGGCCUUUUCAGUGGGAAUGCCUCUUUGAAGUAAAAAUACUCAGGAACUGUGUAAAUAUGUCCAGAUAAUCAGAAAUGAAAAAG